AUGGCGACAACAUCAACAUCACUAGGCCAUGAUCAUGGCGACGAAACCUUCCCUUCCUCUGAGGUGUUGACCCCCCCACAACUCUGCAACACCAUCCACAUCCACCCUUCUACAACCACCACAACCGCUCUCAAACCUACCUCAACUUUUGGUAGUGCCCCAAAACCCGAUCCCUCCGCCCUACUAGCCGCCGGCCUAGCCGGCACCCGCCGCCGACGCUUCACCCACUCCGAUGCCUCCAACCUAUCAUCCCCCGCGGCAUCAUCAGCAUCGGCAUGGGCCUCUAGCGCCAAUGCCGCAAACGUCGCUUUCCGCGGCGGCGGCAGCCCCACCCCGCCACUGACUCCGGAACGCGGCUGCGCCGUCGGCGCCGGCACACUACUUCCUCGACAUAGUUCUUUACACGCAGCCAAGGGUGCAUAUGUUGCUGGCUCAAGGCCGAGGGCUAGUUCGUCGCCACCGCCGUCCAGAGACCGGGACGUUUUGGGUCCGGCUGCGGCGGGGGCGGAGAUGGUCGGUGGGAGUGGGAUGGGGAGUUCGUCCAGCGCAGCGAGCGCAGCACACCGGCCUGCUUCGUUACGGGCCUACGGGGUCGCUGGCGAGGGCGGCACCGUGCCGUUUACUACUCUGGACAGGCAGAUGCUUACUUCGCAUCCGCCUGUGCAGCCUGAAGUGGAUGAGAAGCAGCGGGCGGAUGUGCUGAGGGCAUCGGCACUGGCUAUGGCGAGGCAGAUGUACGAACUGCAGCAACAACGGCAAAUUCAGGAGCAGCAGAAUGCCACGAAUGCGGCGUUUAGAGCGCAUAGGCGCUCUGCAUCGGCGACUUACCCGAGCCAGAGUCAGACGGCUGCUGUGCUGGCGAGUAUCGACGAGAGGCAACGGAGUCUAGGGGAAGAUGAUAUCCUCCCCUACGGCUGUACAAACCUCCAAGAAGCUGCCUACCGCAUGGCGCAGGAACGGCUUGCCCGUGUGCAGGAAGAGCAUCAGAAGCAGCGGCGCCCGUCGCUUUUCCAAGAACAUCCCCAAGUUAUCCCAUCACCACCGCUUCGCUCGCGCUUUGGUAGCCUUCGCGCCAAGCUGACUCGUAAGCGCGCGUCCAGUGACGGAGCUCUGCUGCUGGAUGACUGGCUUAGAGCGGAACAUGUCCGCCGACAGGUGUCCCAACACCAGUUAGGUGGUCCCGGUAGGGCGACGGGGGUAUCAGAUUUUGAGGUUGAUGAGGUUGAACUAGCCCGCGAGCGUGAGGUAGUUCUGGAGGCAGCGAAGCGAAGCGUUCGGGCGCAGAUGAGGCAGCUAGAUGACCAGGUACAGACCCAGGUGGUUGAGGAAGGGAAAGGGAAGCUGCAUAAGGAGGAGGCAUCGAGGUAUUGGGGGAGGAGAGGAAGACGGGAUGUGUGGGUUGGGGAUUUGGCUGAGCAGCAGAAGAAAGUUGAUUUGGGGGGCGGGAAGGUGAUGGAUUGGGAUGAGGUGGGGAAGAUUGCUGCGAAGAGGGUGCAGCCUAUUAUUGAUGAGAUUGAAGAGAGGGUUGAGAAGGAGAGGGAGAAGAGGGCGGCGGAGGAAAGGGAUAGGGUGAAGAAGUGGGAGGAGAAGGAGGGGAGGAAGGCCAGGGAAAGGGAGGUGAAGGAGAAUUUUGAGCGCCUGAAGAAACAACAAAAAGACCAUGAGAGAGCGCAGAUUGCUGCUCUCGAGGAGGAAAAGAUUCGGAAUGACGAGGCUUCUGAAACCGAGGGACAAGAGCAACCAGAAGUCUCGACAAGCCAACACAACGACGAGCCAACCUCGCCCCCCCACGCAGAAACGACAUCGACUUCCAACCAACCUCCCACUCGCACGGCAAGUCACCACUCCCGCGCCCUCUCAGUAUCCUUCCUCAAACGCCAAUCUCGACCGCGCUCCCUCUUCGUGAAAGAGGACUUUGCCGAACUCUCUGCCGCUCCUGACACUGUUGCUGCCCACGGCAGUCCGUCACAACGACUACGUGCAUGGUUCCGUUCGAAGUUCCCGCGGAAACGGGCUUCUGUCAGCAGCUUGUCGUCUCUCAGGGACAGGGUGUGCGGGACUGGAAAAGAUGGAGGGGAUAAGAAGGAUGAUGUAAGUAUUGCUGGUUCGCAGGGUAGUAUCAAGGAGGAUAGCCAGCAAAGGGGGUUUAUCGGGGGGAUUGCCUUGGCUAGGUUGAGGGAGAGGGAAGGGAAUGCUGGAAGGGAGGGGCUUGGUGCUGAGGUAGAAUUGGGGCAUAGUAAUGAAGGGACUCACGUAUUAUCGACGCCACCUCGUCUCCUCCAGGCAGGUGUACAAACUGCAUCUCCGAUCGGCCAAGAUCAGGCCGAUGCUGUUGAUGUGAGGAAUCAGCAGCCAGCAUCAAGUGUCGAACCAACCGAAGCUGGUCAACAAACGAACGAGAACGAAGACGAUUCCGAGGACGAAAGCUUCGUCUUAGCCCCGACUUCUCCCAUUCCUGAGGACCCAAACCCUUCCAUCAACGCCCCGGCGCCGUCUACGAUGACAGCUCCGAAACCACAACAAUCACCACAUCCAGGAACACCAAGCCCGAGAGCAAGCCCUAGCCCAAGCGUCGACCUAGCUGCGCGGCUGACUCCAGUGACUGCCAGGAGAAGAGCGUUAGCAAGCUUGUCGACGUCAGGGAGGAACAGUCCGUUUAGGGAGUCGAGGUUCUCGGAGAUCAUUGACGACUCGGACUAG